AUGAAACCACUUUUCUUUAUCUAUCUAUCUAUCUAUCUAUUUAAUCUGUCCGUCUAUCUAUCGCAUUCUGUUUAUAUCUAUCUAUCUAUCUAUCUAUCUAUCUAUCUAUCUAUCUAUCUAUCUGAUUCUGUUUAUAUCUAUCUAUCUAUCUAUCUCAUUCUGUUUAUAUCUAUCUAUCUAUCUAUCUAUCUAUCUAUCUAUCUAUCUAUCUAUCUAUCUAUCUCAUUCUGUUUAUAUCUAUCUAUCUAUCUAUCUAUCUAUCUAUCUAUCUAUCUAUCUAUCGCAUUCUGUUUAUAUCUAUCUAUCUAUCUUUCGCAUUCUGUUUAUAUCUUUCUAUCUAUCUAUCUAUCUAUCUAUCGCAUUCUGUUUAUAUCUAUCUAUCUAUGUGAGUGUGUUCACAGGUAUCUAUUUAUCUGUGCGAAUAUUUUUACAUAUAUCUAUGUGAGUGUGUUCACAUCUAUCUAUCUAUCUAUCUAUCUAUCUAUCUAUCUAUCUAUCUAUCUAUCAAUUUCUCUCUGUUCAUCUAAAUAUCUAUCUCUGUUCAUAUCUAUCUAUCUAUCUAUCUGUCUAUUUAUCUGUGUGAGUGUAUUCGCAUCUAUCUUUCUAUCUAUCUAUCUAUGUGUGUUCACAUCUAUCUAUCUAUCUAUCUAUUUCUCUGUUCAUCUAUAUCUCGAUUCAUAUCUAUCUAUCUGUCCUAUUCGCAUCUAUCUAUCUAUCUAUCUAUCUAUCUAUCUAUCUAUCUAUCUAUCUAUCUAUCUAAUUAUGUAUAUUAUCUUCCUAUCUAAUUCUAUCCAUCUAUCUGUCUAUCUAUCUAUCUAUCUAUCUAUCUAUCAUAUUUAUCUAUAUCUGUUCAUAUCUAUCUUAUUCUGUUCAGAUCUAUCUAUCUAUCUAUCUAUUUACCUAUAUGCCUUUCUUCAACAAGCCAAAAUAUCUAUCUAUCUACCUACCUACCUACCUUCCUAUCUAUCUAUCUAUCUAUCUAUCUAUCUAUCUAUCUAUCUAUCUAUCUAUCUAUCUUUUAUAGCAUGUACUUAUCUUUCUAACUCUUUCAUAUCUAUCUAUCUAUCUACCUAUCUAUCUAUCUAUCUACCUACCUACCUUCCUAUCUAUCUAUCUAUCUAUCUCUUUCACAUCUUAUGUAUCCAUCUAUUUAUCUCUUUUACUGCCUAUUCAAAAACAUCCUCGUUAAAUUGUCCACUUAAAAUCUUUAAAAACAUCCUCAAAAUAAAUUACAAUAUCAAUAUCUAUCUAUCUAUCUAUCUAUCUAUCUAUCUAUCUAUCUAUGUCACUUCAUAUCUAUCUGUCUAUCUAUUUAUCGAUUUCUCUGUCUGUCUGCUAAUAUCUAUCUAUCUAUCUGUCUCACAUACUUGUAAAAUCGUUUAUCUAUCUAUCUAUCUAUCUAUCUAUCUAUCUAUCUAUCUAUCUAUGUUUGUUCAUAUCUUUCUCCUUCUUUCUGUCUGCUUCUGUGUUUUUGUCUGUCUGUCUGUCUCUGUCUUUCUCUCUCUCUCUCUCAUUCACUCUCUCUAUCUAUCUAUCUAUCUAUUUUGUGUCUGUUCAUAUCUAUCUCUUUAUCUAUCUAUCGAAUGGUCUCUUUUUCUUUACAUCCUUUUCUUCUUACUUUUCCCUGUCCUGUCAUAUCUCCAUUUUUCCAUUCUUUGUUUUAAUCCAGUUUUUUUCUUCUUCUUCUUCCUUUUUUCUCGUUUGAACGUUCCUCAUUCAUCUUGUUAUCAUUUCUUCUUUUCUUUGCCAAUUCAUGUGCACCAUUUUGAAAGCUCGUUUUCUCUGGCAGCGUUCCACUUGGACGCACACACAGAAAAUGACGUCCGGAAAAGCGACCGAGUGAAAUGA